ACUUGAGCAAAGGUCCCCGGAUCCCCUGUUCUUUGCUCCUCUCCCUCCACACCCACAGCCUCAAGCAAUUGCAGGUACACAUCAUCCACUCUCCCUUACUCAGGAGAGACUUCCGAGGAAGAUUGUGUUUGCAUUUUACAGAUUCCAAUUCACCAUCUGAAAAUGCUGAGGUGGUCAACUUUUAUCACUUCCACAUUUCCCAGAAAUGUUUAACCUUAAGUUACAAAAAUCUAGGCGAUAAAAGAGAGUGUUAUCUGGCAAGUCCAUUCCACCCCCAGCAGUUAUUAAUUUCAGAGCUCAUCUGAAUUCCUUCCUUGUGGUGUAUGCUUGAGAGAGGAGCAGACAGCUCUUUGCUGGGUCAGGUUUCGACUUCUCAUCUGUUGGUACCAAUACCAGAUUCUUCUUUGCAAUCAAUUUUGAGAUUUCCCCUAAAUGCAGCUUGGUGUCUGAAGAUACGUACAAGUGCCUCUGAUCUUCAGUCUCUGCAGGUUUUCACAACCCCCCUCUUAGCAAAGCAUCACCUGCUCUGAGCUUUGCUGUUGGAAACAUCUUCUGGUUGAACGCAACUCUCUCGUGUCAUACUUACCAGCAUGGAGGUGAAGAACUUUGCAGUUUGGGAUUAUGUUGUAUUUGCAGCCCUUUUUAUUGUUUCCUCUGGAAUUGGGGUUUUCUUUGCCAUUAAGGAGAGAAAAAAGGCAACUUCUCGGGAGUUCCUGGUAGGGGGAAGACAAAUGAGCUUUGGCCCAGUAGCCUUGUCUCUGACAGCAAGCUUCAUGUCUGCUGUCACUGUCCUGGGGACCCCUUCUGAUGUGUACCGCUUUGGGGCCUCCUUCAUACUCUUCUUCAUUGCGUAUACGCUUGUCAUCAUCUUCACAUCAGAGCUCUUUCUGCCCGUGUUCUACAGAUCUGGCAUCACCAGCACUUAUGAGUAUUUACAACUACGAUUCAACAAGCCAGUUCGCUAUGCAGCAACAGUCAUUUACAUAAUCCAGACGAUUCUCUACACUGGAGUGGUUGUGUAUGCUCCUGCCCUGGCACUCAAUCAAGUGACUGGGUUUGAUCUCUGGGGUUCUGUGUUUGCAACAGGAAUUGUCUGUACAUUCUACUGUACUCUGGGAGGAUUAAAAGCAGUGGUGUGGACAGAUGCAUUUCAGAUGGUUGUUAUGAUUGUGGGCUUCCUGACUGUUCUUAUCCAAGGGUCAUCUCGUGUUGGUGGAUUCCACAAUGUAAUAGAGCAAUCAAGAAAUGGAUCCCGAUUAAAUAUACUUGACUUUGAUGUAGAUCCUCUCAGGCGGCACACUUUUUGGACAAUCGUAAUAGGAGGAACUUUUACAUGGCUUGGAAUAUAUGGAGUUAAUCAAUCAACCAUCCAGCGAUGCAUUUCUUGCAAAACAGAAAAGCAUGCUAGGCUUGCCUUAUACUUUAACUUGUUGGGUCUCUGGAUCAUUCUGGUGUGUGCUGUCUUCUGUGGCUUAACCAUGUAUUCCUACUUCAAAGACUGUGACCCAUGGACUUUUGGCAUUGUCUCAGCACCAGAUCAGUUGAUGCCAUACUUUGUCAUGGAGAUAUUUGCGACAAUGCCAGGGCUUCCAGGACUUUUUGUAGCUUGUGCCUUCAGUGGAACUCUGAGCACGGUAGCUGCAAGCAUCAAUGCCUUAGCAACAGUGACCUUCGAAGACUUUGUCAAGAGCUGUUUUCCCCAUAUUUCUGAAAAGAAGAGCACCUGGAUCAGUAAAGGAUUAUGUCUCUUGUUUGGUGUGAUGUGUACCUCCAUGGCCGUGGCUGCAUCCCUCAUGGGGGGUGUUGUGCAGGCUGCCCUCAGCAUCCAUGGCAUGUGCGGGGGACCAAUGCUGGGUUUGUUCUCUCUGGGACUCAUAUUCCCUUUUGCGAACUGGAAGGGUGCACUAGGAGGCCUUCUGACAGGAAUCACCUUGUCAUUUUGGGUGACCAUCGGGGCCUUUGUUUACCCUGCACCACCCGCUAAGACAUGGCCCUUGCAUUUAUCAAUAGACAAGUGUGAUCAUUCCAAUAUGACGACAUCAGUACCUCCAGUAACAUCAAGCAGACCUGCGUUAGCUGACUCCUGGUACUCGCUCUCGUACCUUCACUUCAGUACAGUGGGCUGCCUGGGAUGCAUUAUUGCUGGAAUAAUAAUCAGCUUCAUUACAGGUCCCCAAAAAGGCAAAGAUGUCCAACCACAGUUAAUUAGACCAGUUUGCAAUUUAUUUUGCUUCUGGUCUAAGAAAUACAAAAGAUUGUGCUGGUGUGGAGUUCAGCAUGACAGUGAGAAAGAGCAUGAAAACCUUGACAGUGGCAGUGACUGGAAACAAGGGACUGAAUCUGCUUUACAGAAUGGACUUCGUGGAGAAAGCUUGGCUCAUGUCCCAGGCUAUGAUCCGAAGAACAAAAGCUACAACAAUAUGGCAUUUGAGAAAGUUACCCAUUUUUAGGGAAAUGCAUGUGAGCACAGAGAUGCACACACACACACACACAAACGAUUUUUACUUAUUUCUUGCCUACCUGUUAGUAAACUUGUGAAGUAAUCAUUGAUAAAAAGAAAGAGGUGUCUGAUGUUUAUUUAUACUUAUUUAUAACUGCAAGUAAAAUGACUGUUCUUUAGGAUAUUGUUUGGAAGACCCCAACAUCCAGAUUAAACAACAAGGUACUAAGGAAGCUGGCAAUUUCCUUCUUUAAUAAAUUCAGACUCAAGUAUCACAGUGCAAGAAA